AUGGAAUCACUUGACCCUCCCCCUUAUUACGGCGACUUCCAAGAACGUGGUAGGAAGUUACAGAAGUGGAUCGACAACCCGUCAGAGGCUGAAUGCCCUAUUCAACCUAGCACUCUGACAUAUGCCCAAUUGGCUGACUGGAUCCCGAUUAACGAGAGGCAUUUUGAGAUCGGCGAGAUCAUCAACUCCAUGUGUGCAGUGAAUGGUCAAGAGGGGGUUGAACCAGGUCCCUGGACGGUGCACAAUUACGACCAUGAUGCAUAUACGCCGGGUGGUACGGCCACGGGCAAUCACAACACUUGGGAGUCGCAUGUUGCACCCGGUAUUGCUUUCCUUGCGCUAACGUUUAGAGACACAGGCCCCCACGCUUCGCAAAUUGUUCAGGCCUGCUAUGAGAGGGUACACCCUAUCUCCACCCUCAAUCAUGUCGUUGUAUCCGACAUUAUAAACGACCAUACGCUGGACUUCAUCAGAUAUAUUCUUUUCCCAGGGAUACCGGCUUUGCUUGCUGGUGUACCCAAAACUUUUGCUUACGGUACUGCAGAAUAUGAAGCUCUUCUUGGAACAAGGUGUGGCUUAAUGGUGGGAUAUCUACUUCUCGGGGCAUAUGAGCGAGGAACUCGUCGAAUUUCUCGAAUCACGGUCGAUAUUCCACAAGCAGCGGGCGUCUACUUGCAGUUCGAUAUUGAGGAUAUCAACCCUGUCUCUUCACCAUCAACCAGGGGGAGCAAACGCCGCAGGGGGGAGAGCGAUGAAGAUGGUGAGUACGAAGAAGGACCAAAGAAACGGCGCCGAUCUCCAAAGACUCCCCCGCCGCCUUACGAUGGUCCGGCAAGACGUACAAGGCAAGCAGUUGGCGCGGUCGAGUACACGAUUACACCUAAGGGACAGCCUAGAAAGCUCUCACAGUAG